AUGCCUUGUUUAGACAGUUUGUACAUAGACUUGAGCCAUCCAAGUUCUUAUGAAACGGCUGUUGUGGACGAGAGAAAGGAGAAGAUGGAGGAGAUUUUGAUUAACAUGAUUGGUGAUCUCUGCAACAUGAUAUAUAUCUUUCUGUCCUCGAAGACCAUUGAG